CAACAAUUGGGAUGACGAUUUCUUUCCACAGCUAUUGGAGCUGAAGUGGCCACCAGAAGACCGACUGAUCGAACGGGAUUGCACUUGUGACUUCUGGGAGAAAAUUCGAUAUCGCUAUUGA